CAUACUAUUCCUAGACUCCCUUUGCUUCCUUCUAUAUAUAUAUAUUGAAGAUGCACGAUACCCUCACUCUAUUUUACUCCUUUACCUCGCAUGCCUUUGUUUUCUCACUCUACUGACUGCUCUCUCCUCAUCAGAGUUCUGCAUGGAGACUAUUGAGCUGAAAGUAGACAUGGUAGCGAUACACGAGAAGAGGGUAAGGCGAUGCCUAUCCAGAGUAAAAGGGAUAGAGAAGGUCGAGGUGGAGGCAAGUAUUCAAAAGGUUAUAAUCACAGGGUAUGCUCAUAGAAACAAGAUCAUCAAGGCGGUGAGGAGAGUGGGUCUGAGAGCAGAGUUAUGGUCUCCACAGAAUGAGAUACUGAAUGCGUAUGCCAGCGGAAGCCUGAGGAUCAACAACUUCAGCUUCUUCUAACAAAAUCAAAUCAAACACCUCAUAAUUCCCCUAUAUACUAUUACCCGAAUCUUUGUUUUUUUGUUCAUUAUUAUUUCGGUUUUCAUGUUUUUUUAGUGUGCUUAAUAAUUUCCUUUGUUCAGUUUUGAGUGUAUGAUCUUUGACACAGCUGCUGUCAGUAAGAUAAAAGUAACAUAUUACAAACU